AAUUAUACAGUAAUUUUAAACUAAUUUUCUAUGGCACACAAUAUUUUGAAGUCAUUCGUGGUGAUUCUCUUCCUCUCCGUCGUCGUUUUAUCUCCCAUCUUGCCAACUAGUGAUGCAGCUCGAUUUACAGCUGAUGUGUUGGUGGGUGGUCCCAUAUGCCCCACUUGUGUAUGCUGCACACCCCCACCACCGGGGUUGUGUUGCAAGUGUUGUUCAUCUCCUAUUGUCCUUAGUUCGUUGGAGACUACCAAUGGAUCUCCAGUUGCUUCUGAAGCCCAAUGUGUGCCCGAUUUGUUUAUGCUGUGAACCCUCUCCACAUGAGUCGUGUUGCCCGUGUUGUUUGCUUCCUUCUGAGCCUGGUGCAAUAGAUGCUAGCAAUGGAUCUCCGUGACACCCUUUGUUAUACUCUUACCGAAAUAAAUGCAUGCUUGAUAUCAAUAAAUAUUUACAAAAUAAAUGACUUA